GCCAGCGUCGGAAUGUGCUCUCAGCAGGCUCGUCUUAUUGUUCGCGCUUUGUUCGGCCAGCUUCGAUCUGGUUUUCAAGAGAUCGAGAUGUCGCCGCGUACAAAAAAGCGCAUCGACCGAACGGAUACUCGUAUAUGACUAAGCGCGAGGGGGCGUUAUGGCCAAGUUUCGAGUCUCGCACCUGAGUUAUAAGUGUGCGCUGGAUGGGAGGAAAUGUGAGGACAUUCCGCUCUUUCGUCUGUUGCUGAAGCGGAGCGCACUCGAGCUACCCAAUGACCUCACUUAUCAUGAGCUUCGGGAAUGGGCCGACUGUUUACGAGCAAAAACAAGGCUGCAAAGUCGCAGACUAUGUGCUCAAGCGCCAUCUGCAUCCGACUUCUCGCACGGAGCCUGGUUACAAUUACCCUCUCAGCCAUACCCCCUUGGGACGGUACUGUUCGUACGCGCAUGAAUACUCGCCGGUUUGCGUGUCCUCACCGCCAUACUACAUGCCGUCCCCGAUAUACUUUGCCCCAUCGCCAUAUCCCGUGUGGUCCCCCACAGACGCGGCCUUCCCCCAAUACUCCAACGUCAUGAUGCCCGCGUCUCCGGCAUCAGCGGCAUCAGAUGCAUCGAGUUUCGAUGCCUCAUCGUCUGAGGCCGCUAGCAUACAUACUGAGGAGGCAUCACCGAUAUCGCCAAUGGGCUUCGGCGGCAUGCAUACAGUCGUAGACAUUGUCGGCCACGCCUACCCUCCUGCACCGCCUUUUACGUCAUCAACUCCAAACAGUGCUUCCGCUUUCACGCAGGACAGAAGCGAGCUAGCAGGCGGAAGGUCCCCAUCAUCCUCUUCUUCGAACUCGCGCGCCCAAGGUCAAGCUCAUUCGUACAGAAGCUUGUAUAGGACGAAGCCCUGCAAGUUCUAUGCCGCUAACGGUUCCUGUGUCAAGGGUGACAGGUGCAAUUUCAUCCAUGAAUCUCGGGUAACCACCAUUUGCAAUAACGCGGAGGGAUCAUUGUCUGUCGAUGACGAUGCGGAGAACAAUGAGAUAUCGCAGAGAUCUGCGCUGCCCGUGAAGCCACCCAGCCCGCUGGAGGAAUGUCACAAGAAGAACUUUUAUCCUGUGAUGUGGCGUGUAAUUGGUGGUGGCGUCAUGAUGGGCGGCCAACGGAAAGUGUGCCGAGACUACCUCGCAGGUCACUGCACAGAAGGCGACGACUGUACGUACGCACAUCGCAAUGAUCGCGAAGAAUCACCCGCAUCUUGUCAAGGGACGACGUCAAGGGACGACGUCGACGGCGAACCGAAUGCCCGCGAGGCUCUUUCCUCCCCAUCCCCACAUGCCUAUACAUCGACACCACCACCACAUAUGCCACCCACAUCGCGUCGUGGACGCAUCAGGAAGGCCAAGAAGCUUACCAUCGUUCCUCCGAGCGAGCUCACGGGUGAAGGCCUGGGCUAUUCUGCUCACAGAAUCCUCUACGGCGAUACCUUGCUUGACUACGAUUGCGAAUCGAGCGAGGAUUCUCGCGCAGAGCCGGAGGAUGUGGGCACGGCCGCGAGGGAGCUUGCGAGGCCUAUGUCUACUCCGCCAGGGCACAUCUCCAGAGAUGUAAAGGCUGUCAGGCUCUUCCCUGCAGAGUCGCCGUAAUAUUACGUAUCCUUCUGGAUCUGCUUUCCUUUGAGGGACACUGUACUCUCCUUUAGGCUUCAUCUUUCCGGCAUCUUCCCGAAGUCACCAACCUUGAGCCCACUCACCGCUGAGUGUGAACCACCUACCUUAGACUCACGUCUGUUAGUCCUUGUUCAACAUAAUGUGACUCAUCUGCAUAGCUAGUCGGACAUCCGUAUGUGUCUGCCGUGAGGCAACGAGAUAGAUGUGCCUGAGUGGCUGAGGUAGUUUAUCUGAUAAGAUAUGAUCGCCUGGACCUCACUACAGCCGCGGUUGCAUUGACUGUCCCUCUCGCGUUCCGCUUCAACUUGAAUUCGUCACGCAGCUGGGCUUGCGUCUCCUUUAUAUUCCCGCUUUCCUGUCUUUA